AACCGACUAGAGGAACGGAAAAUGGCGGACCUCGAAGACGUUACGCUGGACGGGAGACCGCUCCAGACACUUCGGGUGGCGGAUUUAAAAGCUGCUCUUGAGGAGAGGGGGCUCUCGAAAAGCGGGCAGAAGAAUGCGCUCGUCAAACGACUCAAGGGGGCUCUCAUGCUUGAGAAUCUUCAGAGGACCUCCACUGCUAACAUCGGAAUGCAGCCAAAUUCAAAUAUCGGUGAGGAAAUGAGCCAGAACAGCUUCAUCAAGCAGUAUCUGGCUAAACAACAGGAGCUCCUGAGGCAGCGGCUGGAGAGAGAGGCCCGCGAAGCAUACGACACAAAUGAGUCAGAGGACCACACAGAAGUUAACAACAGUACAUCAUGCCCUCCUCAAGCCCAGGAUGCCGCACCAGCAUUGCCUGAGCAACACAAGCCGCCCGGCCCCUCAGGUGUCGACGGAUUGUUUGACGCAGUGAAUGAGGGCGAGGGUAAAAGGGACCAGGAGGCCGACCUGCCCGGACCUCCUGCUUCUGGCUCCAUGGCCAUGCGUGUCCCUGGCAGUGAGGACCGGCCAGAGAAAGGGUCCGCCUCGAACGAAGCUGCUGCAGACAGCGACGACGACGACAGUGAGGACGGCGAAGAGGAUGGCGACGACGACGACUGGGAAAGCGGUGCUCGGAGGAGAGGCCACCAAGAGCCGGCCACAGCGCCCACGACCAGAGAGAGGUCUGGGGCAUCCUGUCAACCCCCUCAGCAACACAUGCCUUCCCUUUUGUCCCCUCAGCUCCGCCAGCCAACUCCUCCUCCCUCCCCGCCUCCAGAGUUGUCAUUCCCCCUGCCUGACACCCCAAAACAGAGCCCCCCUAGUCCAGAUGUAGCCCCAGCUAGGCGCUCAUCGAGUACCUCCAGCUCCGGGUCCUCCAGCAGCGGCAGCCGCAGUAGCAGCCCGGAGCCACAGAGGAGUGGUCAUGCCGAGCGCAAGCCGGGCCCGCUGACACUUCUGGCACGUAAAAUGGAGUCAGAAGGUGCUUUCUCUGGAGCAGGUUGGCACAGCGCCGGUGGCGAAGGUGAGAGGCAAGACGGCAGUUCUCUGGCUACAUCAUUUCCCGGCAGAGGGCUUCCAGAGGGUCUGGUAUCUGCCAUCACUCACACGGCCAAUACUGCAGGGCAUGCGUCAUUUCCCACGACUCCAGGCCUCAACCAGGGUUUCGCAGGAGCACAUUCGGCCCAUAUGCAGCUGCCCGUCAGUGUGCUCAAGGCCACUGCAACAGAAGAGAGGGACGUUGAGAUGGAAAGAGAAAGGGCCCUUGAGCUGGAAAGGCAAGAGAAGCAGCGGAAACUUGAGCAAGCACGAGCGAUGGAGGAAGAGCGGGAAAGAGCUCUCGCAAUGGAGAGAGAGCAAAGAGAGAGAGCUCUGGAGAUGGAGAGAAUUGAACGACAGCAGGCCAUAGAAAGAGAAGAACAAGAAAAGGCUUUGCAGCGGGAGAGAGAACUUGCCCUUGAACGAGAGAGGCAGGAGAGGGAACGAGCUUUGGCUCAAGAGAGGGAAGAGCGAGAGCGAGCCUUGGCACAAGAGAGGGCCCUGGAGAUGGAGAGGCAGAAGGAGCUCGAGAGAGAGAGGGCCCAGGAGAGAGAGAGGCGAGAGAGAGAAGAACUGGAGCGGGUAAAAGAGCUAGAGAGAUCCAAGGCCUUGGAGCAAGAAAGGAAGGAGAGGGAGAGGGCUCUUGAGCAAGAGAGGCUUCAGAGGGAGAGAGUUCUGGAGGCUGAGAGAAAGGAGAAGGAGAGGAUUGAGAGAGAGAUGGCUCUGGAGCAGGAACGGUUGGAAAGGGAAAGAUUAGAGAGACAGAGAGCCUUUGAGCAAGAGAGGCUGGAGAGAGCCUUUGAGCAAGAGAGACUAGAGAGAGCCUUUGAGCAAGAGCGACUAGAAAUGGAGAGAGUCCUGGAGCAAGACCGACUGGAGAGGGAGAGGGCCGUGGAGCGAGAGCGUCUGGAGAGAGAGAAAGCCCUGGAGCAGCAGCGCUUAGAGAGGGAGAAAGAGCGACUAGAGCAAGAGAGAAUAGACAAAGAAAGAGCUCUGGCGCAAGAACGGUUGAAGCUGGAGAGAGCUCUAGAACAGCAGAGGUUAGAGCUUGAGAGGAAGGAAAAGGAGAGAAUUGAGAGAGAGAAAGCAUUGGCGCAAGAAAGGAUCGCGAAGGAGAAGGCCUUGGAACGAGAACGGGAGGAAAAAGAGAGACUGAAGAGAGAGGCAGCCCUGGAAGAGGAGAGGAAGGAGAGGGCGAAAGCCUUGGAGAAGGAUAGGAAGGAGAAAGAGAGGGCUCUUGAACACGAAAGGCUAGAGAAGGAGAAGGCCGCGCAGAAAGAAAGGGAGGAGAAGGAGAGGGCCCUGGAACAGGAGAAGGAGAGAGCGAGGUUGGCUGAAAGGGAGCGAGAAAGCCACCUCCCUCCGUCCAAGCGCGGCCGUGAGAUCGGUCUCGGCGCCGCGCCCACUCCUCCUGCCUUCGCCGCCGGACCGGGUAGAAAGUCAUCAACUGAGGCCGGAGAGCAGGAAGGCGACCACGUGUCAAAGUCCCGCGGAGAAGCGGCCGAAUCCAGUGCACUCGUGUCCCCAAUGCCUCAAUCCUCAUUCAAGAAGUUCCGGUUCUUAAGGGAAACCCCAGUUCAGGUCCCAGCUUCCUCUCCUCCCGUGGUCAUCAAGCGACCUCGCAACUUCUCCGAUACCCCCCCGCCACGGGAGGAAGGACUCCAGUCCUCCACUGAGCAGGAUGAGUCACCGAAGGGCACGAAACAGGAGGGCGUUGCCAGGGCGCCGGAGGCCGUGGAGGCCGCCGCGCCCGCGAAGGAACCCCUUGUUGGUACCACACUGGUCCCGAGUCCCAAGAAAGCGGGGGCCACCAGCUCGGUGUCGGAGGACAAAGAAAAGGAAUCGGCCAAAAAAGUCGAGGAAAGCAGUCCCGCAAACCAACCGGCGACUGCACAGCGUCGAGGACGAGAUGCAAAGGAGGAGGAGAAACACGCAAGACGAAGGUCAUCGUCUAAUGACUCCUCAGACUCAGACUCAGACUCUGGUUCCUCAUCAUCUGGGUCGUCUGGCUCAUCCUCAUCCUCUCCAGAGAAAACCUCCCCCACUUCAAGAGGGAGAAGGGAAAAGAAACCUGACAAAGACACCUCACCACAGCACCGGGGGACACCGGCUGCAGGCUUGAAGGAAACUCCAAAAGCCUCCCCUAACAAAAGAGACAUGCCUGCAGAGAAGAGUACCGCUGAUGGAGACACUCGCACCACGGAAACAUCAAUGGAAGCACCGAUCAGAGAGGAGUCCCAGAGGAAGAGAAAGGACAACGAAGGAGAGGAGGAAUCAGACAAAAAAAGGCAAGUGAAGGACACUGCCAUGGCAGAGCCGGAGAAGCUCUCAGAGACCAGCGAGGAGACGCCAAAGGCCUUCUCAGCUCGUAAGAUCUCUAUCAGCAGCAGUAAGUUAUCCCCUGGCAGUGCAGAGGGCGAGCAGGACGGUGGGGCCGCCGCGGCCGGUCGAAAGAGGAGGUGGGGCUCCAGCACAGCCGUCGCUGCCAAGAAGCCUUCCAUCAGCCUGACCACCGACUCACUCAAGUCCCUGAUACCAGACAUUGGCCCGUGUCUCGGGCAGGAGGCCGAUGUGGACCUGCACCCAGAGGAAGCCGUCCUCUCCGGAGCUGAGGAUGAGGAGAGGGAACGCUCCGACCAAGACCUUCAGAUCCGACGCACUGUCACACAGGUUGUGCACCUGGAGAGCCAGGAGAAUGGACAGGCGGAGUCUAAGCGGAGCAGACAUGAGGAGUCUGAGGAGUCGGACGACCCACAGGGAGACGGCGAGAGGACACAGGCGCCUGAAGAGAAGAUGGCCGUUCCUGUGGCCAUGGAAACCCAGUCCCCAUCACACACCAGCCACGAUGUAGAAAGCAACAAUGUGACCCCCAGCGACACCCUCAUCCGUCGCUCCGUCAGCCAGCAGAAAACGGGCGUUUCCAUCACCAUCGAUGAUCCCGUUCGCGCGACCCGGCAGCCCUCGCCGCCUCGAGGCAAAGUCUCCAGCAUUGUUCACAUCAGCAACCUGGUGAGGCCGUUCACUCUGGGGCAGCUGAAGGAGCUGCUCAGCAGGACGGGCACCCUGGUGGACGACGGCUUCUGGAUCGACAAGAUCAAGUCCCACUGCUUUGUCACCUACUGCAGCUCUGAGGAGGCCGUGGCCACACGGGCAUCUCUUCAUGGAGUGAAAUGGCCUCAGAGCAACCCCAAAGUCCUCAGCGUAGACUUCUGCCAGAAGGAUGAGCUGGACUUCCACAAGGGCACCGCAGACAGACCCCCGGCCGAGGAACAGGGGCUGGGCGCCAACCGCGGCCGAACCGCCGCCCUGCCCCCUCUCCUUCCCGAGCGCGACCAGUGGGCGGAGCGCGAGCGCGAGAUGGAGCGCCGGGAGAAGGCCAGAGCGGAGCGGGAGUGGGACCGCGACAAGAUACGAGAGUUCGGGAAACCGGGCGAAGAGAAGGAGGGCGGUCCCCGGAGGUCACGCUCCAGAGAGAGACGCCGCAAGGAGAGGGGAAAGAGCAAGGAGAAGAAGACCGAGAAGAAAGAGAAAGUGGCUGAAGAUCCCCCCGCAAAGAUGCUCGAUGACCUGUUCCGCAAAACUAAAGCGGCGCCUUGCAUCUACUGGCUUCCACUGACGGAUGAACAGUUUGCUCAACGAGAAACUGCCAGAGCGGACCGGAUGAAGGAGCGUGAGAAACGGAGGAAGGAGCAAGACGAGGAGGAGGAAAAUAAAAGGGAAGACGAGCACAAGGAGAGGACGAAAGCUGGAGGAGUCCCAGCGGGCGAGCGCAGUGAGGGUGAGAAGGAGAAGGAAAAAGAGAAGGAGAAGGAAAAAGAGAAGGAGAAGGAGAAGGAAAAAGACAGGGAGAGGGAUAGAGACCGAGGGAGGGACAGGGAGAAGGAGAGGGAGAGGGAGACUGACAAACGCAGGGAUGACUACGGUAGGCCGGAGGGCCGCGGGGUCGGCGGGGGCCGGCGCUCACGCAGCCGCAGCGACCCGCGAGAGCGGCGGCGUUAAUGGCCGACUGAUGGACCCGUCCUCCAGACCACCCUCUUCCAUUUGCCUUUCACUACAUGUACUUUGUUACAACUCCGACCCAACAGAGGACCAACCGAUGUCGUCGCCAUCUCUCAAAUUGUCACCUUUUUUUUUUUUUUUUUAAAGCACAUCUCCACCUACACCGUCCCGCUUAGAGGGGACCACGGUUCAUUUUGCAGUGUGUUUCCCAGGGUGCUGUACGCCUCGCGGCGGUCCAGACUUGAUAUAUUUUCUCUCUUUUUUGGGUUUUCUUUUUCUUGACGAUUUCCGCGGUAUGGCACACUGGGUCUUUUUUUAAAUAAUAUUCCCCCCCCAAUGUUCCCCCUUUGCUCCAAAGUGUAGGUGCCAAUUUUGAUUUGCUUUGAUCGGUCGUCGUCGCCUCGGUGUUUUAACAGCUCCGGAUCAGGAUGAGGAAUCCUUGUGUGUCUGCAUGUAGUCCGAGGCUCUUUCUAAAGAGAAAACUGACCUCUGUGCAGAGGCUUGAAAAUCAGAAAAUAUUGGGAUAGGUGUGUUUGGCAUUUUGUACAGGCAUAUAAGAUAACAAAAAAAAAAUCUUUAAAAGUCUUUAAACGAGGCAGCUCCGGGGUCUUUUGGACAGGUGUAGAAUAACUACUAACGCAAUGAAGUGUUCCUCUCUCCCUCUGUAGUUAAGAGACGAGACGAUGUGUGUGUGUGGGUGUGUGUGUGUGUGUGUGUGUGUGUGUGUGGGGAGUCGAUAUCCGUCACAGCUGACACACGUUAUUAUCACAUCCUUAUCAUUGAGUCUCCUCCUUCUCUUCUUCUUCUUCUCCUCCUCAUCCUCCUCUUCUCUCACCCAUUCGUGUCAAUACAGGCCCGAGAGGGGAGGUUGCAUUAUGAGUUUCCUCCCCGGUGGUUUUAAUAUUGUUUUUUAAUCUUUUAUUUUAUCAUUUUAGUCCAAAGGUAUGUUCUUUUUUGUUUCAUGGUUUGUUUUUUUAAAUUUCUUCUUUGAGUACGCCCAUCAGUGGUGAAUGUACAAAUAAUAAAAAUUGAAAUUUGAAAUUA